CCGCGAGUUUUUUCCAUUACGGUGAUCGUAUCGGCGGGAUUGACACAGCUUAGCGGGAAUGUUAAGAUGGAAUGCUCUUACAUUGCAUGUAUCUGUAUUGCGGUGCAGAUUUUCUGCAUCUUCGUUAUUUUCUGCACCCGUUGUUUGUAAGUCACUGAAAAGAACGUUGCGACGCAAGAAUUCAAAGUACCUUUUUCCAAACCGGUGUCAUAAUGACGCAGUUACCGAGGACAUGCCUGUGGCUCAUCGAGUAAAAGUUAUUAAUUGGUAAAAGAUGUGAAACGCGUCGGCCAUGGAACACUUAAUGCCACUUUGCCAAAAAAAUUUGAACGUCAUUAUCUGAUUGGUGCGGAUGGUUUUCCCUUGUCACGAUGGGUUAUUCCAUUUCCGGCCGAGUUGUACUGCUCAUGUUUUUUCGGAUCCUGCAAUCGAAUGCGCAGAUCUGGGGGAGCAAUUAUCGCAUCGAAGUGCAGUUUGCGCGUUUUGACAAUCCGUACGGCAUAAUCAGCAAUGGAAAGCGCUGCGAUGUUGCUACACGUUGCGACCCAGUGCUGUACUCGUAUAUCGAUAUCGAUAAUCCAAGCGGAAAUUUUCCAGGAAGUGCGAGAUCUCUGGGCGACUUUCAGUUAUUUCUGGAUAGGCGCGACGCUAAUACGGUCAAUAUGAAUGCACGCAUCAUAAAGAAUGUCUGCAAUCGACUGCGACUUCCUGAAACGGUUAACGCCCGUGUGGAAGGAUUUGAUUAUGAUUAUUUCACGCGUUGGGAUGUCAUUGAGAAUUUUGAGUGCAUAUUUCCCUUCAUACCAUCGCCGCGCGAAGACAUGAUUUGGUCCGAUCUGUCGGAAUGCCGUUCCAUUUACCAGCCCAAGCUGAUUAAAUUGUACUACCGCUGGCGAAUCUUCCCUAUCCGCUACGGUGAAUGUCAAAGCCAGCAGGAACUCCUUCCCGUGGCGCGUUCACCCUCCUCCCCACCGGUGCUGGUCCUCUCUCCCUUUAUCCGCGGCCUGUUUCCGCAGACGACCCUUUCCCCCGGCGUGACCUUUCCCACGGCGCGCACCCCCGCCACCCCGCGCCCCAGCACGGCAGUACCCCUGGUUAACAGCACGGAGGAGCCGUUCUACGACUACCACGAUGCCUAUGAAAUUAUUCCAGCCGGCGAGGAGCGCUUAGUGGUGGAUAGUAUUGCGUGAAGCGCGGCAUUGCAGGGUGAAUGUGUUCAGCGCGGUGUUGCUGCAAAGCACUGAUGUACAUCAGUCAUAGAAAACGGCCGGUGGUAAUCACAGGUUGAUCUAAUAGAUCUGAUAACGUAGUGGAGUUAAAUGUACGGGUUUUGGGCUUAUGCAGUAGAGUAACAAGUUUACUUAAUUGACGAUUGCUGGAUUGGCGCGUUUAGCGGUGUUUUCUUUUUUCUACUGUGCUUUUUAGGUUUUGUUAAUACUGGCGUGAUAUUCACUGUGCACGGUGCAGAAGUUCCUAUAUGCAUGUUUUAUAAUACAGAUUGUAUUAAAGUAUUUAGAAGUAAUUGA